AUGAAGCCUGACUUGGCCGCAGCCGCUUCCCUCCUGCUCGCCCUGGCCGCGACGGCCGGCGCCGUCACGUUCAACGCGACGGACGCGGCGUCCGGCACCGGCGGCGGCCAGCGGUUCGAGCAGGCCGUGGGGCUCGCCUACGCGAGCCAGGUGCUCUCCAACGCGUCCACCUUCAUCUGGAGCGCCUUCAACCAGACCAGCGCCGCCGACCGCAAGGCCGUCGACGCGGUCACCCUCGUCGUCGAGGACGUCGGCGGCGCGGUGGCCUUCACCAGCGACGACGUCAUCACCCUCAGCGCCCCCUACGUCGGCAACUUCUCCGGCGACGUCAAGGCCGAGGUGACCGGCGUGCUGUUCCACGAGACGACGCACGUGUGGCAGUGGGACGGGCAGGGGACGGCGGACGGCGGCCUCAUCGAGGGCAUCGCCGACUUCGUCCGGCUCAAGGCCGGGUACGCGCCGGGGCACUGGGUGCAGCCGGGGCAGGGCGACCGGUGGGACCAGGGCUACGACGUCACGGCGAGGUUCCUGGACUACUGCGACUCGCUGAAGCCGGGGUUCGUGGCGCUGCUCAACGCCAAGACGAAGGACGGCUACAGCGACGACUUCUUCGUGCAGAUCCUGGGGAAGAGCGUGCAGCAGCUGUGGCAGGAGUACAAGGCCAAAUACGCGUGA